CAAGAUUGCCGAUUUCAUUUUGGCAAGAAGCGAGGCACUUACCAAGAAGGGGGCUUGCAUUGACGCAUAAAGUAGCUGCGGCGCUCUAGCAGGAACUUUCUGUGAGCUCUUGCUCGCUGCACGAGCGACUCUGUCGUCGAUAAUGGAAUCAGCGCCGAGAGAGUCUUUGUGUCGAAACCUUCCUUCUCUUUUCCAAAAGUACAUUUGCAAUACACACCAGUCUUUUGAGCCGUUCGACUUUGGUCUCAGAUUCAUAAAAUCAACUUUGCUCGCACUUGAAACUGACUGGCGCUCCAAACAAGAAAACGCUCGCCCCACAAUCACGGCCAUCCUUUUACCACUCUUCUUCUAUCUUGGAGUACCGGUGAUUUUGACCGGUGUCUACGUUUUGGCCAAAAAAAAGCUCAAUACAUUGGCACCGGCUGCUACUCCUUUGGAACGCCAAAAGGUAUCAGGUCAGAACGAGGCCAAAGUACAGCGACAGAGAGCUACAGAGCCUGACGGCUCGCGAAGCAAAGAGAGAAGCGACGAGUCAGUUCCUCGGCCGCAAAAGAGCGCAUUGCAGCCAAUUACCAACCAUUAUACCUCAACUUCUCAAGCUACAAUGGCAAGUCAUAAUAUGGUGCGAACACGCGCGGCGAGUUCUCCUUCACCAGCGUUGGAACAACACAAAGCGCUGGCGGAUCAGGCAUAUCGCUCCAUCACACUUGGCCUGGAUUGUGAUGAUAAGGGUGAUAGACCUGGUGCUCUGGAACACUACAGAAGGGGCGUUAAGGAGUUAAAAAAUGCCAUUGAGCUGCCGUUACCAACGAGACAAGACAGGGAAAAGGCCGAAUCACUCAACGCCAAAAUGAGGGGAAAUCUUGAGCAGAUAGAGAAUCGUGUCAAAGAGCUUGUACAAGCACCAGCAAUGGCAUCAACGUCCGCGCCUCCACGAAAUGCCCAGAAUGUAAAGCCACGAGUCCCUUCAGCAAACGUCAAGAAAGCAGUCCCUAAAUCAGAGGCGCCAAAGACUUCUUCAAAUAAGCUCAAAGUGAGCAAUUUAAAGAAUGUCGAUACAGCAAUGGCGAACCGAAUUUUGAACGAGAUCGUCAUUGACAAGCCAUCUGUCACUUGGGAAGAUAUAGUUGGUUUGGAGGGAGCCAAGACGGCUCUCCGCGAGAUUGUGAUUUUACCCACACUUCGACCUGAGCUAUUCACUGGUCUAAGAGCUCCCGCAAGAGGUGUACUAUUAUUUGGACCUCCGGGAACUGGAAAGACGAUGUUAGCAAAGGCUGUGGCGCAUGAAUCGCAAGCGACGUUCUUCUCGAUCAGCGCGUCUUCGUUGACAUCCAAGUUUGUGGGUGAAGGUGAAAAGAUGGUGCGGAGCCUAUUCGCCAUGGCCCGACAGCUGCAACCGGCGGUCAUAUUUAUUGAUGAGAUCGACUCUAUCAUGACAGAGCGAAGUGAAUCUGAGCAUGAAGCAUCUAGAAGACUGAAAACCGAGUUCCUUUUGCAAUUUGAUGGCUUAGGGAGCAGUUCCGAUGAUCGAUUAUUAGUCCUUGCUGCGACCAAUCGUCCUCAGGAAUUGGACGAAGCUGCACUGCGUCGUCUGGUGAAACGCAUUUAUAUCCCGUUGCCGGAGGCUGCAACUCGAGCUGCUUUGAUUGGAGCACUUAUUCAAGGCCACAAGCAUGAGCUAUCAAAGACAGAUCUGAACCGUUUGGUUGCGUCCACAGAAGGGUAUUCGGGAAGUGACAUUACAGCAUUGGCGCGGGAAGCAUCUCUUGGACCCAUACGAGAAUUGGGAGACCGCUUGAUGUCAACUUCCGCAGAUGCCAUUCGGCCUAUCAAUCUGCGGGAUUUCGCCGCAGCCUUGAAUAUCAUCCGCCCAUCCGUAUCACAUGGAAGUCUCAAGCAAUAUGACACCUGGAAUCGGAGCUAUGGUACCUAUGGGGCUUGAUCUCUCCAAAUAGUUUUGUAUAUACACACCCUACGCCGUCGCGUUGCAUAUUGUAGAAUGUAUACAGCAAAUACCAUAGGCCUAGAUGCUUCGUGCUGUAUUACCAUU